ACCCCUCCACUGCACCAAAGGAUUGUGGGAUCACUUGUCGACCUGAGGAGGAGUGUGUGCUCCAAGAUGGCAACUGGACCUGUGUCUGUAGUCCGGGCCUCAAUGUUUCUGAUAUUCAGAGUUUGCAGCCUGAGCUGGACUGUGGACCUAAUGAGAUCAAGGUGAAGCUGGACAAGUGUUUGCUGGGAGGUCUGGGUUUCAAGGAGAAUAUCGUUGCCUACCUGAAUGACCGGAACUGCAGGGAAAUCAUGCAAAAUGAGCCCAACAACUGGGUGUCCAUCACCAGCCCUGUUGUGGCUAGUGCCUGUGGGAACAUUCUGGAGAACAAUGGGACCCAUGCCAUCUAUAGAAAUACACUCUCCUUGGCCACUGAUUUCAUUAUCAGAGACUUCCUCGUCAAUGUCAACUUCCAGUGCACCUACCCACUGGACAUGAAGACCAGCCUCCAAAUUGCGCUGCAGCCUAUUGUAAGUUCUCUGAAUAUUGAUGUGAGUGGGGAAGGAGAGUUCACUGUCAGGAUGGCCCUCUUCCAAGACCAGAGCUACACACACCCGUACGAAGGGGCCAAAGUGGUGCUUCCAGUGGAGUCUCUGCUCUAUGUGGGUGCCAUCUUGGAGAAAGGAGACACCUCCAGAUUCAAGCUGUUGCUGAGGAACUGCUAUGCCACCCCGACAAACGACAGGAAUGACCCCGUGAAGUACUUCAUCAUUAGAGACAGCUGCCCAAAUCAACGUGAUUCCACCAUCAAUGUGGAGGAGAAUGGAGUAUCCUCAGAAAGCCGAUUCUCAGUACAGAUGUUCAUGUUUUCUGGAAAUUAUGACCUAGUUUUCCUGCAUUGUGAGGUUUACCUGUGUGACUCCACUAAAGAAGAGUGUGAACCAACUUGCUCUACAAGUCAACUCCGCAGAAAUGGACCAGGCAUCAACUUAGCCCAGGUUCUAGAUUUAGGACCCAUCGCUAAGACAGGUGCUCAGACUCUUGAUACCUCAAGUGGCACUCCCAGCACUGCAGGGUUCCUGAUGGCCUGGCCCAUGCUCUUCCUGCCUGUCUUCCUGGCUCAGCUCUUCUGA